GUCGUGUUUUUGCUCAGGCGUCGCGUGUAGACUGUGCACGGUUUGAUCAGUGAUCUAGCAUCGCUCAAUUGCUGGAUACGCUUCUUCGCCGAGACAUCGAUCCCUAACGUACGUCGGAGGGAGGCAGAUGUUGCCGUGACGUGAGGCGCUGAGCUGACGAUGGAGCAGCCCAAGACAGCCAUGAACCUGUCGGAUCUCCUCACUCCCAUAUUCGACGACUUCGGUGAGGGAGGGACGGAGGGAGGGUGGGAGGGAGCCACACGCGACAGGACAAACAAGCACUCGUCAGGAGAUAUGGCUGUUUGGUAUGGUGACGUGUGUGCGUGUGUGUGACAGAGCUGACGGAGGAGGAAAGAUCGGAGAUACAAGCCGGCCUGAGGAAGCUGUUCGUCAGGAACGUCGCAUCGCUAGCCAAGGCUCACCCUGAGGACCUCACUGCCCACGGCCUGCCCAUCGUGGUGGUCCGCGAGAUGUGCAACCGAGCCAAGGACGCACUGGGCACCAGCUCACCCACUGCCGAGUCGACGCCUCGCGCAGGCGGGUCGACUCCCCCCGCCCAGUCCAUCGCUUCCAGCAGUCAGCCCAGCGAGGCAGUGCCGAGCUUCAUGUCUCAGCACGGAGCUGAUGACAAGGAGCUGGGGAGGGGCGGCGGCGGUAAGGGGAGGGCGGGGUGGCCCGACCACGAGGACUACGGCCUGGAGGAACUCGCUGAAGCAAGUGAGACUCCGAGAGAGAGGGCGCACUCUAUCUGUCUGUGUCUGUAUGAUUGCCCCUGUCUGUCUGUCUGUCUGUCUGUGUCGACACAGCUGCGGCUCGUGUGCUGGACACCGGGGAGUGUUCAAACAAGGCCGCCCACCACCUGAGUACGUCGACCAACCACUCCACCACCGUCCCCCCGUCGCCCCACCAGGUCUCCAUGUCCCACCGGACGGCCACCAUCAUGCGGCCCAGAGUCAGCCUCCCCAUGACCACACCGGGUGGCGGGGGGGACGUCUCGCCCCUCCGCAGACAGUCAUUCCACUCGCCCUCGUCCAACAUCGAACUGGGCUCCAACUUGCUCGAGGCCGACCGCGGCGCGCCCACCGCCCCUCUGUCGGCACCCGUGCUCUCCGAGCCGUCGACGACUCACUCGACGUCGUAUCUGCAGCCGCCCUCCCCGCCCGGCACGUCAAACACGGCCGUCACGACCACAUCGUCAUCGUUCCCCCUGAUGCACGGUGGUGAGGCCAGCAGCUCUUCUGACGGCAUGGUGGGCACGCCGGCCGUGGAGCCAGAGCACGACACCAACAGCAUGGUGUCCCAAUCGUACGGUGCCUUCCGGGGUGGCGGGCUGGGGCUGGGAGGGGGUCUGGGUGUGGUGGGGAAGCCGCACGGCACCCUCAGCUCGUCCAGCACCAGCACUGGCGGCGGGCUGUCGUGGGGCGCGGUGCCGCCGCCAUCUGGCGCAGACGAGGACCACACACUGGCCCGGCUGCGCAACAUGAUGGCCUGGAGCAGCUCGUCCGUGACCAACGAGGGAGGGCAGCAGCAGGACACCACCGCCACCGCCACAGCCACGCCCACGACCAACCCCCCGGCAUCUACCAUGUUCAGCCCCACCGUCGGGCCCGGCACUGCGACAUGCUGCACCGACCCUCACAGCCACGGCCAGAUGCAGUCACUCACCUUGCCUGCUGUGAGCGACACCACCGGUGGUGACCAGCCCAACUACCCUCGGCCGGGCUCUGCCUUCAAGUCGUGGGACGACCUGUCUCUCUUCCAGAGCCAGGGCACCGGCGCGUCGGCCGCCAUGGCUCAGCCGCAGGAGCAGGGCGGCAAUGGGGGCAAUGGGGAAGGGGGUGAAGGCGGGUCGCUGUCGGCUCUCGCUGGGCUGCUAGGCAACCUCGACCGUGACCAGCUCGCCAGGCUUCACGAACUCAAGAACCAGCUCUCACAGCAACCCCACCAGCAGCAGCCGGAUACCACCACGAGAAGCAACGCCGGCAGCGAGAGCGAGGAGCAGCGUGGCGGCCCCGCCAGCACUGGCCCUCCGCCGCCCCCGCCGCCCCAGCAGCAGCAGCAGCAGCAGCAGACAGGCGAGGGCGGCCAGACCCAGAGCAUGACGGCGGCCAACCUCAUUGGCGCACUCGCCACUCUGGCCAAGACCAACCCCAACUUGCAGAGCCUGCUGACGGGUCUGCAGACACAGCAGGCCGCCGGGCCACCAGCGCCCCCAGCAGAAACCAGCCAGACCAUCCAGCAGGGCGGGGUCUCGCUGACAAUCACGCGCAGCAACGACCAACAGCAGCAGCAGCAGCAGCAGGCACAGCAGCCGCAACCGAGUGGUGUGAGCGCUCUGCAGCAGCAGGGGAGUUCGAGUAGCCUGAAUGCGAGUGCGCCUAGCUAUGCGCCCCAGCCGCUGCCGAGUGCGUAUGCGGGUGGUCUGGUACCGCAGCCGCAGCAGGCCAUGCAGCAGCAGCAGCCCAACGACGACAAAGUCAUCAUCACCUCACCUGACGAGGGUACGGGUCGUGUACCUACCUGACCUACCUGUGGGGACGUCAGUCACGGCACACAAGAGGAGACGUCAAUGCAAUGCAUAUGCCGUCUUGUUUGUGUCUUCUUGUCUUCUUGCGAUCAGUUCGUUGGCACCCCCCCUUGGCGUGGGUGCAUCCGGUGAUCCGCUGGCUCAGACGACACAACCUCUGCAGCUGGGUGCAGGUGCGGACGGAGAGACACUCACAGCUGGCCAUGCAGUGCAGGCAUUACUAGUCACACCACCUCACUGAUUCCUGUGUGUGCCUUGUCUGUCUGUUCGGUGUGUGUUCAGCCCCUUGCCCCGUCCGGGCGCCCUCUCGGGCAGAACUUCCUGUUGCAGGUCAUACGCGCCGUCGAGCACCCAACAUACUCGAGGGGAUUCCAAGUCGUCGCCAGGAGGCUGCCGGGCAAACAGAAACAGGUCAGGCGAACCGCACUAUACACCUGCCAACACUGAUGGGAUCAGUAGAGCGACCAACCUGUGUGUGUGUGUGUGUGGGUGUCUGGUGCAGACGUUGUUGGUGUACACUACGUUAAGUCGCGAGGCGCUGGAGGUCAUAUGCAAUGCCCUGCAGGAAGAGAUAUCCGAUGCGGCAAAGUGAGCCACCAAACACCAUUCCAACACCAUUCUCGCGUCUCAUCAUGUCUUUCUGCUUGUGGUGGUGUCAUGUCAGGGCUGGUUUGAUUCCCGAGGGGUGGGGCAAGGCCGGUCAGAACGAGCCGCCCCCCGGUCUGGAGGACCUUCCGGGCACCUCUCACGGCGGACAGGGCCACGGCUCGUGGUGGGUGGACUCGCUAUACAACGUCCUCGAGAGACGCCUGUCAGUCUGCCGCGUCAACAACAACGGCGAGGCCCAGCCGACCGCCUCCCACUAUGCCCCUCAGGGCCCCCAGCCAAUGCCCCGCCAGCCCGUCCCCUCCCCUCCCACAAACUACGCUCACAUGCAUCAGCAGCAGCAGCAGCAGCAGCCGCCCCCCUACCAGGCCGCCCAGCCGGCUCCCCCUCCCGGGCCCUACCCCAAUCCCUACGCCGCCAACGCCAUGCACCCGACCACCAUGACGAGCCAAAACGGCAAUGUGUCGAUCAACCUGGACCUGGUGGCUGCUCUCGGCGGCCUGAGCAACAUCACGGGCGCCGGCGUGGGCAGCUACCUGUCCCCCGGGAUGGCGUCGCGCGCCGCGGCGGCCAUGGCGCGAAAGGACCAGGACAACAACCCGGAGAUCCCUUUGUGCCAGCGGUACCAGCGGGGCGUGUGUCGGUCCAAGGUGUGCAAGUACCGACACAGGUGCGGCAGCUGCUCUGGCGCACACCCGCAGAAGAACUGCCCCCGCAACCCGGCCCCGCUGUCGGCCCAGGCCGGCUACCCCUCGCCGUCGAUGCAGUCGUCCGGCACGCAGCCCGACACGCCGAGCGAGGGGUCGUCGCCCACCAACUCGGCCUCGCACAUUCCGUCGAUCCAGGGCAUGAUGGGCCAGUCCCCCAUGGCACCGCUGCUCGCCAGCCACCCGCUGCCGCCACCCAUGGCCGGUGGUCUCCCGCAGGCACACCAGCAGCAGUACCUCCAGGGCCUCGUUGAGAGUGUGGGCCUGCCCCCGCCCCCGCAGCCAUUCCAGCAGCAGCCACAGCACCAGCAUCCACAGGCGUACCAGCAGCUACAGCUGCAGCAACAGCAACAGCAGCAGCCCCCUGCGUACCAGUCCCAGCAGCAGCAGCAGCCACAGCCCCAGCCCUACCAGCCACCGGCACAGCCGUACCCCACUCUGCAGGGGCAGCAGCCGCCUCCUUUCGGCUUGUGAGCUGAGAGUGAGUGUUGGCACGUGGGGCGGGCGGGCGGGAUGAAGGGUGGGAAGUGUCUCAGCGGCGGUGUGCGUGAGCCAGUCAUGGAUCGGUCGGGUCGGUGGGUCGGGCGGUCGGUAAAUGGUACGGGGACAGUACACGUGCGUGUGUGAAAGUGAGUGAGUUGGGCCGUGUUCCCCUCUCUUCUUUUCUGCCUGGCUGCGUGUGGCUGGCUGGUCGGCUGGUCGGCUGGUUGGUUGGUCCGCCCACCUAAGUAUGCAUGCCUUCAUUCGUGCGUGGUCUGCCUGCCUGCCUGCCUGCCUUUGUCAACUUCCUCCGCUGUCUAUCCGUCCGUCCGUCCGUCUACGUUCGUCUUUUCGGGUGUUUUCCAUCAUUCUUAUCAUCAUUAUUAUUGUCACUCACUGUCGAGUCAAGCAACCAAUCGUUCUGUUGGCCCGCAGCGCAGCCAGCAGCAGUGUUCUUAUUACAUGCAUGUAGACAAGCCGACAGCGAGCGGGCGGGCGAGCCCCACUACUCUGCGUGCGUAUGUCUUCCUCCCUAUCACCUACGUGGCUUUGCAAGGGAGGUGGGGAGGGGCGGGGCGGAGGGUUAUGUGUGUCGUGUGUGGGUGGCAAUGGUAUCUAUGACUCAUCUUUUCACGAUGGAUGGAUGGAUGGAUGACCCGAACCAAAGCGAAGCGAACCCCAUUUGUUUAUCUGUACGUGUAUCAGCAGAGGACGCGACUCUUUUCUUUUGUUUCUGAAGCUCGUCGGUUGGUCGUUGUUCAGUCAUGUGAAGCGCCGCCUCUUGUAGCGGACACAGACAGACAGACCGACCAACAAGCCGACCGACUAACUGGUUUCCUCCAUCCAUCCAUCCAUCGGCAGACCACACACACACACAGUGAUGUGAUGCGCCCGCCCUUCCACCGCACUUUUCUGGUGUGUGUUUGCAUGCGCUGCGUUGCGUACAUGCCCGUAGUUGCGUAUUGUACCCCGCUGCGCUGCGUAGCGACCUGACCGACCGACCGACCGACCCGACCACACACCCACAGACUCGCUGACUCACUCACCGGCCCGCCCAGCCCAGCCCAGCCCAGCCCGCACACAGUGGCUGCAAGGAGGGGUAGGGGAGAAGACAGAGGGGGGAGAUGGAAAGGGCCGCCUUUGCUCACUACUUGAUGACUCGCUUGGUGGCUGGCUACCUGGCUGGCUGGCUGGCUGGCUGGCUGACUGUCUGCAUGAUUGAGUGGAGGGGUAGGGGAGAAAGGGGAAACAGGGAGGGGAGGGGGGAUGACCGGCUCUUUGGCUGGCUAGGUGGCUGUUUGGAUGCUCUCCUGUCUGUCUGUCUGUGCAUCCAUCCAUUCAUCUAUGGUAUGCUUGCUCGUGGAAGAAAGUUUGGGCGGCGCUGUGCCCAUCCAUCGAGCGACGUAGCGUAGACCUCUCUCGAUCGGCCCAUCCAUCCCAUAUCGACCAUCACAUAUCAUUGUUAUCGUCUGUUUCGUCUUGUUCGUCUGCCGAGAGAAUUCAUGUCUCCUCUGGCUGACCGGCUGCCUUUGGCUCUGCACUCACUCUGCUGCCUGCCUGCCUGCCUGCCUCAGCGUGGCUGCCUCGGGACCCUGCCAUCAUGUCAUCUCUAUGGCUGUCAGCACGGCCAUCGGGGUGGGUGGCGCGUGGCCGACAUGACUCACUCUCUCUCUGCCUGCCUGGGGGAUGUGCGUAUGCUUGCUGCAAUGCUGCAUGUGAAGGAGGGGGGCUCACGUGGGGGAGGCGGCCAACCGUCCAGCAACUGUCUUGUCUAUCUUUUUGGUCGGCGCUUUUCUUGAAAGAAACCGCCUGGCUGCUGGGCUGGGGGACCGGCCGCUCCGCUCGGGGGGAGGGGAGUCGGGCUGGUUGGGAUGGAUGGGAUGGAUGGAGUGAUGAAAGCUGUUGGAGGAAAUCUCUUGCUGCUGACAGCCAGCCAUAUCUGCAGCUAUGUACCCAUUGCCGCGGUCACCGCUUUCGUCACGCCGCCACUGCUUUCUUGUUUUGCCCUUCCUUCUCCCACAUCACGUCCAAUUGCUCUCUCGGUCUGUGUGGAAAACUGCGGCUUCUGCACCAAUCCUUUCGUCGUUUCACUCACUAUAAGGCAGUGGGGCACUCUGGGACAGGGCUGGGGCUGGGGGGGAACUCUAUCUCGUGCUCUGGGGACGCUUUUGAAUGAAUGGAUGCUCUUAAUUCGGCUCUACGGCUCUCUGGCGGCUGGCGGGAGGGAGAGAGGGAGUAGCCUUUGCUCCCCCUCUGCUGGCCGUCCUAAGUGAUUUUCAUGGGGCGCUCUCUCUCUCUCUCUCUCUCUGUGUGUGUGUGUGUGUGUGUCUUAUGUGGAUGUACCUCUCUCACACCCCUCUCGCAUCUCGCUGCCUUUCGUAUGUAUCUCUCUGUCUUUCGUUUCUAUUUCAAUUCGUGUAGCUCAGCUCACUCAGCAGUGCUCUCCUCUCUCUCUCUCUCUCUCGUGUGUGUGCAUAUGGUUAUGGUUCGGCUGUUGGCUCUCGCAAUCUGCCUCAAUUCGACUCAUUCAUCGCAUGGAUAUGUCUUGACACAUCCAUCCAUCCAUUGAUCCAUCCAUCCAUUCUCAUGCGAUCGCUCUGUCUGCAUGUCUGUCCGUCUGUCCGUCUCUUCUGCUCGAAGUGUUUGCUCUUCGUUGAUGAUGUCCCGCGCUAAUUGACCUUUUCUUUCUCAACACACGCUGUCUUACCGGGUGCGCAGCUCUCUCUCUUUCUCCCUCUCUAGGUAGGAGUCAAUAUCGUGUCCCCCACGUCGCCGAACUGUUUCUUUGGCGAAUCUACAUACUCAGUCACCACACACACACUCACACACACGGAGGGAGGGAGCGGGUGCAUUGGGGCGGGUGGGGGGAUGGUUUGUCAUGGAUGCGUGCGUGGGAGCAUGGGUGUCGUCGAGUCCGACAGUCAGCCAGUCAUCAUUUCCUCCUCCCCUGACUACAUUGCUGCUACGGUAAGUACGAUUGUGUUGUGUUUGUUCUACAUUCACCCCUUGAUUCGCCAUCGAUCCAUCCAUCCAUCCAUCCAUCUCAUUCUCCUUAUCAUGAAUCGGGAAGAAACUGUCCCCUUCAUCAUUGAGUGGUUGAUUGAGUGAUCGGUAUGUUGUCUGUCUGUCUGUCAUGACGUCCGUAUGCAUCGCGGGCAGCCCCGCACCGCCCCAUCGGGCGGGCGGCCGGGUGCACAAGCAAAUACACUCACUACUACACUAUCUAUUAUCCUCCUUCCUCCUCUGCGUUGGUCAUCCAUGGCUGAUCUGACAUUUCGUUUGCGCGUGUGUGAUGAUGAAAUUGUGAACGAAUGGAUACACACAAGCAAGGGAGGAAGGAAGGGAGAGACAAGACAGAUGGAAGCACGCACAACAAAAGGGAGGGCCUAGGCUGGUGCGUGGGGUGGUGGUGGGGUGGGUGGUGCAUGUGUGUGUCAUCCGGACGGCCCGACCGUUUUUGUCACUUAUUCCUUACCCUACCCCUCCUUUCCCGAUAAUUCCCCUACUCAGCCGACUGCCCGCUCGCGUGCGCCACUACCAGAUAGCAAAACACCGAAUGGGGGAGGGAGGGAGGGAGGGAGAGAAGCCUGACUACUCUGUUGUGUGUGUGUGUGUGUGUGUGUUGGAAUGAUUGAUUGUUUGUUUGCAUCGCUCGUUUCCCAGAAAUGGGACUAACGAGAAGUAUUUCGUCAUUCAUCGACUCAUGCAUGCCUGCAUCGCUGCCUGCCUUGCCUUGCCUCGCCUCAUCGUGUGUGCGUAUCGAUCGAUUGACCCUUCCUCAAUCAGUCAGUCAUUGUUGUACUCGACUACUCUGUUGGUUGCCCUGGUAUUCCCUUGCCCUGCCCGCCUACCUAGCCCGCCUGAGGUGGGGCUGGGUGGGGUAGAGCAGGCAGGAGCCAGCCAGGCAUCGCUCGCUCCGGCCAAAUCAUGAAUCAUGUCAUCUUUUGUCGUCCGUAGCGAUCCAUUCAGUCAGUCAGUCAUCGAUUCCAUCAAUGGCGCGGCCCUCUUUUAAUGCAAACUAGCCUAGCCAGUACCUACCGUAAUACCGGCCGCCCUUGUACGUUUCUUGUCUUGCGUACGUCCAUCCGUGUGUCCGUCUGUCUGUCUGUCUGUGUGUCUUUGUGUGGCUCCUCCCCUGCCUACUCGCCUGUCUUUCGAUGGCUGCUCGCGCGGCGGCGGCGGCGGUGUGAGUGCGCAGUGUGAAGUGGGUUGACACUGUCAUUUAUUGAUGAAGGAAGCCAACGGCUGAAUGAUUGGAUGAUUGGGUGACUGAAGAGGAGGACAUGGUCAAUGGAUGGAUGGAUGAAUGAAUUUGUGGGCGGCGCGGCCGACGGCAUGGCAUGGUCAAGGGGUAGGGUAUGGGCCAAGGACGGGUAUGUCUCUGAUGACGAUUAUCUGUCCUAAGUGUUUUGCACCGCUGCAGUGGGCCGGCCAGCCGGCCGGCCGGUCAGUCAGUCAGUCAUGCCCGUCCCUCAUUGCUUCCUUCCUUGCCUCGAUCGCCGCGCAUACUUCCUACUGGCAGUCAGUGUAUUCAUUCAUGUUGGUUGAUGUGCAUUCCUCUAGCCUAGCUGUUUGUUGUAUGCGUGUGUGUAUGUCGAGAGCCAUCUCUCCAGCCGAAACAGAGCUUGCCUGCCCGUUUGUCUGUCCGUCCGUCCGUCCGUCCGUCUGUCUCUCUGUCUGUCUGUCUGUCUGUCUGUGUCGACUGGCCGUAACUACCCAGCCCACCAGCUAUCUAGAUUAUAUGCUCCAUCAUUGCAUCCAUGUCGGCCCGCGACCUUGGGCAGGCAUGACACAUACGUACGGCAGGUACACAAAUGCCACCCACUCCUACUGCCUGUACAUAUAUGCCUUGCUACUGACUGACUCACACAUAUGUUGGGGCGCCCAUCUUCAUCUCACUUGGCCGCUGUCUUUUCUGGUUGAACCUCUGUCCAUCUGUCGUACUUUUGUAUGGGGGUGCGAACAGCUGCUACACCCAGAUAUACACAGACAGACCUCCACGCGCCUGCCCACCACGCAGGCAGGCAGGCAGGCAGGCCGGCCAAUUUUCUCUCUCCCGCUGGGACCACCACCUCACACGAAUGAGUACCUACCUACCGUACCUAAUCCAUCCGACCUAGCCACUUGCGUCUCAAUCCAGUGCUGUGCUCGCCUGCCGUGCCGAUACGUGGAUCCACCCCCGCCCCCUCCUCUGGCCGGUCCACCCUUCUCUACGUUGCCCUUCUAUCACCCAGCCAGCCACUCGGGCGCUUUUAGCCACAGACCCCAGGGGGCGUGUGGGAGCGUGGGAGUGUGGGCGGGCGGAUGGGCGAUGGAUGACGUUAUUUUGUGGCAUCAGCAUGAAUGCCUCGAUUGAGAGAAUUAUCGUCUUGACGUAUACGUGUCGACUCACUCACUCCCUAAUUGCGCCUGUGUCUCUCGCCCUCCCUGCCGUCUCCGAAUGGCGGUCGACCUCUGAUGAUGCACUGGCCAAUCAGUGUAUCGUCUCAGGUGUGCCGCGAUUGGGUUGACCUGGCAGGGAGGACUGAGACCGGCACACGCCACGCUCAGCCUGCGAGUGACAACCCGGUCUGUCUAAUCCGGUCUUCGUAUGUCAGUUUUUCGUCUCGGGCGUACAAGCACCACACCACACACGCCGCUGUUGCACCGUCUGAUACGUAUCGCUGGGUGCGGGUAUGCGUGGGUGGAUGGAUUCGUGGAGAACAAAGGACACCACCGGCCGGUUUUUUUACGCCUUCGCACGAUGCCCUUCCUGGCCGUCUAAUUCGUGACGGAUGUACCACCCGAUGUGUGAAGUGACGCGACUCAUGUGUGUGAAGGAAAUGAAUGCCCAAGGCGAC